GGCUCGCGCUUUGGCAGUGGUGCUGAGAGGCUCCUGGACGCGGCGCCGUUACUGGCAGUCGGGCGGCGGCGCAGGCACAGCAAGGAGCGCACACCGCGCCUUAGCAGCAGCGGCGGCGGCAGCAGCAGCGGACGCACUCCCGCCGUCACAGCCCGUGCGCUGGUGCGGCCACUGUCGCUGUCUCAGCUCUUCCUUCCUUCGCUCGCACCAUGGCUGAUCAACUGACCGAAGAACAGAUUGCUGAAUUCAAGGAAGCUUUCUCCCUAUUUGAUAAGGAUGGUGAUGGCACCAUCACAACAAAGGAACUUGGAACUGUCAUGAGGUCACUGGGUCAGAACCCAACAGAAGCUGAAUUGCAGGAUAUGAUCAACGAAGUGGACGCUGAUGGUAAUGGCACCAUUGACUUCCCAGAAUUUUUGACUAUGAUGGCCAGAAAAAUGAAAGAUACGGAUAGUGAAGAAGAAAUUCGUGAGGCAUUCCGAGUCUUUGACAAGGAUGGCAAUGGUUACAUCAGUGCGGCAGAACUACGUCAUGUCAUGACAAACUUAGGAGAAAAACUAACAGAUGAAGAAGUAGAUGAAAUGAUCAGAGAAGCAGAUAUUGAUGGAGACGGACAAGUCAACUAUGAAGAAUUCGUACAGAUGAUGACUGCAAAAUGAAGACCUACUUUCAACUCCUUUUUUCCCCCCUCUAGAAGAAUCAAAUUGAAUCUUUUACUUACCUCUUGCAAAAAAAAAAAAAAAGAAGAAGAAAAAAGUUCAUUUAUUCAUUCUGUUUCUAUAUAGCAAAACUGAAUGUCAAAAGUACCUUCUGUCCACACACACACACAAAAUCUGCAUGUAUUGGUUGGUGGUCCUGUCCCCUAAAGAUCAAGCUACAUACACAUCAGUUUUACAAUAUAAGUACUUGUACUACCUUAUUGAUAAGGAAGCACUUAGUGGGCUCCUUAAAGUUCCAUUUGCUAAUGAUUAAUACACUGUUUGGGCUGGCCAGUUUUUCAUGCAUGCAGCUUGACGAUUGAGCACAGUCAGGCAUUUGUAUUAAAAAUGAAAAAUGAAAAAAACAAAUUCAAAACCUAUUCAAAUGGGUUCUAGUUCAAUUUGUUAGUAUAAAUUGUCAUAGCUGGUUUACUGAAAACACAUUUAAAAUUGGUUUACCUCAGGAUGAUGUGCAGAAAAAUGGGUGAUGGAUGAACUAUUGAGAUCUAGCCCCACCGGUAGGAUGGUCCUCUUGUACCCCAUGUGCUCUGACCCAUGGUGAUGAUGACAGACCCUGGUGGCAUGCCUGCGUAUGUUUAGCGUCUGCAUUGUAGUAGAGUGAAACAAGUGUCAGGCUGUCACCCUUCACACAAAUUUUUAAUAGGAAACUUUUACCAGGGGAGCAUCUUUGGACUCUCUGUUUUUAAAACCUACACCAUGACUUGGAGGCAGCAGAGUAGGCUGUGGCUGUGGACUUCAGCACAACCAACAACAUUGCUGUUCAAGAAAUUACCAUUUACGUCCAUUCCAAGUUGUAAAUGCUAGUUUUUUUUUUUUUUUUCCAAUAAAAAGACCAUUAACUUAAA